UAAUUUCGAACGAGGAAGAAACUCGACGUGGCAUUUCUUCUCCACCCUUCUUCUGCACCGAACUGCUUCCUUCGCCCUGUUGGCCGCAUUCGACGUUCGUUCGCGCCUUCGCUCGAUCCCUCCCUCCGAAUCGCGUCCUCGCUUCCGAUCCAUUUCGUGCUCCGAGCGUCGCUCCGGAUCGACCGCGCGUCCUCCCGUCUCCGCGCGUGCGGUGGAGUGGAAGCAAAGAGAAGGAGAAGGUGGUGGGGGUGGCGGUGGCGGUGGCAAUGGCGUGCGGGAGUUUGUUGGCGGGGAUUGGAAGCGCCUUCGCCUACACGCCGACGGGCCUGAAGUAGCUUCCUCGCACUUCCUCGUGCUCCAGAUUCGAGUUCCGGCCGCCCGCGCCCGCCCCGCCCCGCCCCGGGUAACUCUUCCUUUCUUCGGGUCGAUCGAUGUCGUGUUUUGCUGCGCGUGGGUUUGGUGCGGGUCGGUUUGGUGCUUCCGCUAUUGAUUCCGUGUUGUGCUCUUCCUUGUGAAGUUGUGUGUUGUUGCUUUUUGGGGAAUUACUGAUGAAGUUCGGCCUUUUGAGCUGAUGGAGGGAAGGAGCGGGGGAUGUUGCUUGACUGGGAAUGAUGUGCGGAUGAAAAGUGAUGCGCUUUUUAGUGCCCUGCUUUACUUUCUUAUCGAGAAAAAAGUGUCUUGAAUCGAUUCAUCACGGGUUGCGAUGAAAUGCGUUGCGCCUGCGUAAUUUGUUUUGAAACUUCGCGUCACUGGCUUUUCAUCGAGAGGGCGAGAGGGCGAGAGGGCGAGCGAGCACGCGUGGGAAAAUGUGGGGAGCGAUUUUUGUGUUUGGUUUUUCACUUUAGUUUCCAGCUUUACUAUUUAAAUUGAAUGUUUGAAGCCUGAGUUAUGCAUUAGGAGUUCCAGAAAGGAACAGACUUGUGAAGUGGUUCUUUGGAGGACUUGAUGAAUAUAAAUUCUUCUGCUCAGCAUAUAUUGAGGGGUUAUCGGUGGCUGAACUUUCCUAGCCAAAUAGGUUUCUGUUAUCUAUAGCUUCGAGGAGAAUUUCCUGCUAUGUUUAUGUACUAAGAUGUGAUUGGUGAUGUGUAUUCUUGCCUCAUUCUUUCAGGUGGAAAUAUCAAGUGGAAUCCACUCUCCCUCGAAUCUUGAUUAGUAUGAUGCGACUAUAAGUGAGGUGUCUAUGUGCAUUGACAAGAGUUGCUCCACAGUGUCCUAAAGGCUUUCUAGGAAUGCCCCUGGAGCUUUUUACACUAAACUAACUCAGUUUUCCUGCAUAUUGUUUCUGGUCUUAGUGGGUAGAGAUGAAUAUUUCUGCUCUUCUAACAUCAGCUGGAAUAAAUAUCGGCUUGUGUGUGGUGCUUUUGUUGCUUUACUCCUUGUUGAGGAAACAACCGAGCAACUUUUGUGUAUAUUUUGUACGGAGGCUUGCUCAAGCACGCCAAAAACGCACCGAUUCUCUCUGGUUCGAUAGAUUUGUUCCAUCCCCAAGCUGGAUACUGAAGGCUUGGGAAACUUCUGAAGAAGAAAUAUUAUCUACUGCUGGCCUCGAUGCUGUGGUAUUCAUCAGGAUACUUGUUUUCAGUCUUCGAGUGUUCUCCAUUGCAGCUUUUGUUUGCAUGUUUCUUGUACUUCCAUUGAAUUACCAUGGGCAGCAGAUGCAUCACAAGGAGAUUGCAUUUGAGUCAUUGGAAGUUUUUUCCAUUGGAAAUGUCAAAGAAGGAUCUAAGUGGCUCUGGGCACACUGCGUUGCACUGUACAUAAUAUCUUGCUCUGCUUGGCUUCUCCUUUACUUUGAGUACAGAAGCAUAGCUAAUAUGAGGUUAGCACAUAUCAAGGCUUCUGCAAAGAACCCAAGUCACUUCACUGUGCUUGUGCGAUCCAUCCCCUGGUCUCCAGAAGAUUCCUACAAUGAUUCAGUGGAGAAGUUCUUCUCGAGCUAUCAUUUGUUGACAUAUUUGGGGCAUCAAAUGGUCUACCGGUGUGGUACAGUUCAAAAACUUAUGGGUGAUGCAGAGAUGAUGUGUAGAAUGAUGAGAUCUGAGAAUCGUGCGGUUGAGUGCAAGCAAAAUCUAUUCAACUGUGGUCUAUGUGGUGGACCAUCUCAAGCUUUUCGUAUGCUUUCUACAGGACCUGAAAGUGUUCAAGGGAAAUCUGUCUGCAGGGAUCUUGACACUUCUACAAGAGAGGAAGUUGCAGCUGCUUUUGUCUUUUUCAAGACUCGCUAUGCUGCUGUUGUUGCCUCUCAGGUCCCUCAAUCAUCAAAUCCCAUGUUAUGGGUGACUGACUUGGCUCCAGAACCACAUGAUGUCUAUUGGUCCAACCUCUGUAUACCAUUUAAACAACUUUGGAUCCGCAGGAUAGCUACACUUCUAGCUGCUAUUGUCUUCAUGUUCUUGUUUCUUAUACCCGUGACUUUUGUUCAAGGUCUUACUCAACUAGACACAUUGCAUCACACAUUUCCCUUUCUCAGAGGAUUACUGAAGAAGAAAUUCAUGAGUCAGCUGGUCACAGGUUAUCUGCCAAGUGUUGUUCUGAUGUUAUUUUUGUACACUGUUCCUCCCACAAUGAUGCUAUUUUCGACAGUGGAGGGAUGUAUCUCUCGUAGCAGAAGGAAAAAGAGUGCAUGUCACAAAGUACUUUGUUUCACGAUCUGGAAUGUCUUCUUUGUUAAUGUUCUCUCGGGAUCUGUCAUUAGCCAAUUAAAUGUUUUUUCUAGCCCAAAGGACAUACCUGCUCAAUUGGCACGAGCUGUGCCGGCGCAGGCUAGCUUUUUCAUGACUUAUAUCUUUACUUCGGGUUUGGCAAGUUUGUCGUCAGAAGUAAUGCAACCUUUGGCUCUUCUCUGGAACCUAAUUAGGCGAUUUAUUUUAAGAAAGAAAGAUGAUUUGUAUGACAAGCCUUUAUCUUUCCCAUACCAUAUUGAAGUUCCAAGAGUGCUACUGUUUGGACUCCUCGGCUUCACUUUUUCCAUCCUGGCACCUUUGAUGCUGCCUUUCUUGCUGGCUUACUUCUUACUUGCUUUCCUUGUGUACCGAAACCAGAUUCUUAAUGUAUACUCGCCUAAGUAUGAAACUGGAGGGCAGCUGUGGCCUACCGUCCACAACACAACCAUCUUCUCUUUAGUUUUGAUGCAAAUAAUAGCCCUGGGGGUUUUCGGACUAAAACGAUCUCCUGUCGCCUCCGGUUUUACUAUACCACUUAUAAUCUGCAGUUUGUUAUUUAAUGAGUACUGCAGGCAGAGAUUUCACCCAAUAUUUAAGAACAGUGCUGCCCAGAUGCUCAUCGACAUGGAUCGGCAAGAUGAACAGAGUGGGAGAAUGGAAGAGAUUCAUAGACAGUUGCGUUCAGCAUAUUGCCAGUUUAAAUCUGGGCACUCUGAUCAAUCUGAUAAUGGGAAAAGCAUUCAAGAUUCUGAAGACGAGAAGCCAGGUUUGAUUCACCCAAUGCUCAGAAGACUUCCACUUCCUGGAAUCAAUGAUUUGAUCGCUUGGCUCUCUGUGCUUUUCAGGAGAGGACUCCAACAAAGUGAAUGAACCAUUGGCUCUUCAUCACCAUAUGGAAAGCAAAGAGCCUAAUGAAAAGUGAACUUCUAGAUUACGAUCUUGUUCGUAGUUCAUGGGCUGAUGAGCAGAUUUGAUCUCAUUAAGUGUUAUAUAUUCCUCUGUUCUGCCUUCUGAAAUGGAGAUGCUCAUAGGAAAAGUUUUGUCGAUUCAUAUUGAAAUUAGAAGAUUCAUUAGAAAGAAUAGGUUUGCAAAUAUACCACGUCACCAGUGUCGAAACUGGAAAGAAGAGGGAGGCUGCUGGGGGUGCGGGGGUCUGAUUCUUUCAUUGUCCACUCUGUUUUCUCCCAAAUAUAUAUAGGAAAGGCUUUUGGUGCUCAUCAAUGUAUGAUGAUGGAAAGUCUCUUCCUGGCAAUGCAAGCAGUUCUUACUUUUGUUUCAUUUGACUUUCGAGAUGCUGAGCUGGUCUUUACUGUGUCAUGAGAGGAUUAGCGACAUAUCAUGUCUAAAGACUUUUUGGACAGUUCAUCUUAUUUGUGGGAAAUGAUACUUCGUCAGGAAUGCUUCAUCA